CACCCGGAAGUGUUUUGUUGCCACCAGUCUGGUACUUGUGUUUUCAGGAGGAGUGUUGCCGGUGUAUUAAGAGCGGAGUACCCCUGCUUCUGCCCCUCAGAGGCAGCUACUGUCUGUCUUGGUUUGUUAACCCCAGCGCUGCCACAAUGGGGAAGUCCUUUGCAAACUUCAUGUGUAAAAAGGAUUUCCAUCCUGCCUCCAAAUCCAAUAUCAAGAAGGUAUGGAUGGCGGAACAGAAAAUAUCCUAUGACAAAAAAAAACAAGAAGAUUUAAUGCAACAAUAUGUGAAAGAGCAAGACUCCUAUAACAACAGAGUGCUUUUGGGUGAUGAGCGUGUAAAGAAUGGACUUAAUUUCAUGUAUGAAGCACCACCCGGAGCUGAGAAAGGUACUGAAAAGCAAACUCCCACCAUAGGAGAGACAACCGAAUACAAAUUUGAGUGGCAAAAGUUGGCCCCGAGAGAAAAGUAUGCCAAGGAUGACAUGAACAUCAGGGAUCAGCCCUUUGGUAUACAGGUUCGCAAUGUGAGAUGUAUCAAAUGUCACAAGUGGGGUCACGUGAAUACUGACAGAGAGUGCCCAUUGUUUGGACUAUCCGGGAUCAAUGCAAGCUCAAUGGCCACAGAUGGAUCAGGGCCUUCGAUGCACCCCUCGGAGUUAAUGGCGGAGAUGAGAAACAGUGGAUUUGCACUGAAACAAAAUGUGCUUGGGAGAAACCUGACCGUAAACGAUCCAUCACAGGGCUAUGUUGUUAGCGAACCAGAAGACGAAGAUGACCCAGAAGUGGAAUUUCUCAAAUCGCUAACUACUAAGCAAAAACAGAAGCUUCUAAGAAAACUAGAUCGUCUGGAAAAGAAAAAGAACAAAGAUAAGAAAAAGAAGAAGCACCGGAAGAAGAGCAAGAGCAAGAACAAGAAGCACAAGAGCAGCCGCAGCUCAUCCUCCGACUCGUCCAGUAGUAGCGACAGCGACUCAGAAAGUGAGGAACCAGAAAAACGCAGAAAGGAGACUAAAAGGGAAAAGCAUAGCAAGGAGUCUGAUGGCCAUAGUGGAUCUGAAGAAAGGAGAAAGGAGUCGAAAAAGAGGGAAAAGUCAGAAAACUAUUCAAGUAGAUCAAAAAGGCAUGCCAAUCCAGAGAAUUCUGGGUGUAGCAGCAGCAAAGGUGUUACCAAGCCGCAUGUGAGCCACCAACACAGGAAGGAACACAACAGAACCAAUGAACAUACCCAGACUCAUCACAGAGAGGAUGGAUCAGGGAAAAUCCACAAAAGGUCUAGAUCCAGCAGAAGCCCAAGUGACGGAGGAAGAAGUCAUCACCGGCACAGAAGCAGUAGUAGAAGCAGAAAUAACUACAGAGAGAAGAGGGGGAGCAACAGAGAAGAAAGGAGAAGCAGAAGCCCAGAAAGGGGUGAAAGGAGAAGAUAAAAACAGUAAAACGGCAAAAGAACUUGUUUCUUCGUUCUUAAAACAUUUUAUUUCUGCCAUUAUCAUAGAGGAACGUUUACUAUUUGCUUCCAAAAAUAAUAAAAUUCCUUAUGUUUUGUGGAAAUUAUUAAAUGGGGUAAAUACUUAAUCGCA